GAGGGAAACCUGUUCAGUUGUUUAUCCAUUUCGUUUCUAAAUGUAUGAUGCAUAGCAUUAACUUAUUCCUGGAUGUGGUAUUUUUGCAGCUUAGAGUUUAUGCUGCACUCUGAUGAUCAUUAAUGUUGCAAGAGUAGAGAGUUUCUUGAAUAGAUCUUUGGAGUUCAUUACUUCUUCUACUGGUAUAGUUUGUAGGUUUGGCAAUCAAAGAGCCUUUUGUACAAUGACAGAUUCCCAAGUAGAUGGUGCUUCCAGUUUGCCUCCUCUUAAUGAAGAAUUUCGUUUCAAGAAGCCCAUCACAGUGAGCCGGGAAAAGAAGUCAUCAAGUGUUCAAUCCACCCCAGAUAUUGAAAAGAAGUAUGUCCAUCAUGUUUAUGAUGCCAUUGCUCCUCAUUUUAGCUCCACACGAUUUGCAAAGUGGCCAAAAGUUGCUACUUUUCUCAAUUCCUUGCCUCCAGGAUCCCUCAUUUUGGAUGCAGGCUGUGGAAAUGGAAAGUACCUGGGUUUAAAUCCUGAUUGCUUUUUCAUAGGCUGCGAUAUAAGUGCACCUUUGAUCAAUAUAUGUGCAGAAAGAGAGCAUGAAGUUAUGGUUGCAGAUGCUGUAAAUCUUCCUUACCGAACUGGAUUUGGUGAUGCAGCAAUCUCUAUUGCUGUAUUGCAUCACUUAAGCACAGAAAGCAGAAGGAAGAAAGCAAUAGCUGACUUAGUUCGAGUUGUCAGGAAGGGUGGAAUGGUCCUAAUAACAGUCUGGGCUGUAGAACAAGAGGAUAGGUCAUUGCUAACCAAGUGGACCCCCCUUACCCAAAAGUACACAGAGGAGUGGAUAGGUCCUGGGAGUCCUCGAGUCCGUAGUUCUUCGACCUUAACACUAGAAAGCAUCCCUGAAACUGAGGAAAAUAGUGUCCGAGAUCAAUUAAGAAAUUCUAAGCGGUUAUCUGAGGACACCAUGAGGGGAACGAUAAAUGAUGACAGUUCAGUUGCUCCCCGAAAUGGGAAGAAUCUUGAAAAUCAGCAGGAAUAUUUUGUCCCUUGGCACUUGCCUUAUCAUCGUGCUGAAGUUAGUGGUGCCUCUGCUUGUGCUCUUGCAAAUGGACUAGCUGAGAAAGAUGAUAAAAAAGGUGCUGUGGUGUACAAUAGAUAUUACCAUGUGUUCAUCGAAGGUGAACUUGAAAGGUUAGUCUCUGGAAUUGACAAUAUUGUCAUCGUCGAUCAAUUUUAUGAUAAGUCGAACUGGUGCAUUAUUCUCAAGAAGACAUAAGUUUCCGUAGAUGCCUUGAGGGUAUACAAUCAAUCAACAAUGCCAUUUUCUUCGCG